AGAGAGAGAGAGGAGCGGGGCGGAUCGUUGGGGAGUUUCCAGUAAAAAAAGAUUCAGCUCGCCUAACAGAAUACAGUGUCCUUCACUGAGGGACGCUCCAUGAUUAUUACGGGGGAUGGAGAUUGUCAUACUUGUUUCAUUAUUGUCUCUGUAUUGUGAUUUCACCGAUGCUGAGUGCCUGGUGGUCAGUCCUGCCAGGCUGGUGGUGAAGCAUGGAGACCCAGCCUCCUCUAACUGCAGCUCAGAUACCCCUGUAGAGAUGGGCUGGGAAGCCACCCAGGGAGGGGUUGGUCUAACAGACAAGAAGGUGAAGAUCCUACGCUGGAAGGUGGACAGUGUGACUGACUGGGAUAACAACCCUAAGUGCUUCACAGACGGAGGCCAGUGUCAGAAACUGCUGGACAUCACAGUUUAUAAGCUUCCAGACCGUGUCUCCAUCAGCUACAGGAAGUACCCUGAUCCAAUGGUUGAGGGGCAUCGGUACCUGCUGCAGUGUCUUGUCCAGAACAUCGCUCCUAUUGGGAGACUCAGGGUGACCUUCGUCAAAGUCAAUACCACUGGUGAACAGACAGAAUUAGACACACCACAGAAAUCCAAGGACAACAUCAAGACACCAGAGAAUGGGACCUACACUCUGGACUUCACCCCUGGUAGAGAUGAUGACGGGGCCCAGUUGUUGUGUUCAGCCAUGUUGGAUCUGGGACCAGAGGGACCCCAACCUCCUCCUGUUAUGAACUCAAACCGCCUCAACAUCAACGUGCACUACAAGCCUCAGAUCACUAUGAGUCCUGGAUGUUUCUCCAUGAGCAUCACGGAGGGUGACACACUAUCACUGAACUGUAGUGCAAAUGGUAACCCUGCCCCCUCGUACGAUUGGUUGCUCCCCCAAGCUGACCCCAACCCCAUGGAAGAGAGAUCCGUAGUGACCAUCACCAACAUUGCCAAGUCUCACUCUGGAGAGUACACCUGCAUCGCCAGAAACCCCCUGGGAAAAAGCACCUGUACUGUUAACGUGGAGGUCAAAGAUGCUGAGUGCCUGGUGGUCAGUCCUGCCAGGCUGGUGGUGAAGCAUGGAGACCCAGCCUCCUCUAACUGCAGCUCAGAUACCCCUGUAGAGAUGGGCUGGGAAGCCACCCAGGGAGGGACGGGUCUAAAAAACAAGAAGGUGAAGAUCCUACGCUGGAAGGUGGACAGUGUGACUGACUGGGAUAACAACCCUAAGUGCUUCACAGAAGGAGGCCAGUGUCAGAAACAGCUGGACAUCACAGUUUAUAAGCUUCCAGACCGUGUCUCCAUCAGCUACAGGAAGUACCCUGAUCCAAUGGUUGAGGGGCAUCGGUACCUGCUGCAGUGUCUUGUCCAGAACAUCGCUCCUAUUGGGAGACUCAGGGUGACCUUCGUCAAAGUCUCUACCACUGGUGAACAGACAGAAUUAGACACACCACAGAAAUCCAAGGACAACAUCAAGACACCAGAGAAUGGGACCUACACCCUGGACUUCACCCCUGGUAGAGAUGAUGACGGGGCCCAGUUGUUGUGUUCAGCCAUGUUGGAUCUGGGACCAGAGGGACCCCAACCUCCUCCUGUUAUGAACUCAAACCGCCUCAACAUCAACGUGCACUACAAGCCUCAGAUCACUAUGAGUCCUGGAUGUUUCUCCAUGAGCAUCACGGAGGGCGACACACUAUCACUUAACUGUAGUGCAAAUGGUAACCCUGCCCCCUCGUACGAUUGGUUGCUCCCCCAAGCCGACCCCAACCCCAUGGAAGAGAGAUCCGUAGUGACCAUCACCAACAUUGCCAAGUCUCACUCUGGAGAGUACACCUGCAUCGCCAUCAACCCCCUGGGAAAAAGCACCUGUACUGUUAACGUGGAGGUCAAAGUGGACUACCUGCCCAUCAUUGCAGGGCUGGCUGCAGCUGCGGUGGUGAUCCUCUUGGUUGUCUCCUGUUUCACCUACUCCUCUUACUAUAAACACAGGCGCAUGGGCCACUACCAGCUGAAAGACAUGUUGCCACGACGACACAACAACAAACACGUGGUGCAACACAACGGAAUGGACCAGUCCGUUAUGUAGAGGAGGGGUUGGGGUCAGAGCAUGUGAGCAGCGGUUGGAAAUCCUGAUGAGUGGGCGUGGCUCUCCACGUCCUUUAUGUAGAGGUGGGGUUGGAAAUACUGAUGAGUGGGCGUGGCUCUCCACGUCCUUUAUGUAGAGGAGGGGUUGGAAAUCCUGAUGAGUGGGCGUGGCUCUCCACGUCCUUUAUGUAGAGGUGGGGGUUGGAAAUCCUGAUGAGUGGGCGUGGCUCUCCACGUCCUUUAUGUAGAGGAGGGGGUUGGAAAUCCUGAUGAGUGGGCGUGGCUCUCCACGUCCUUUAUGUAGAGGUGGGGGUUGGAAAUACUGAUGAGUGGGCGUGGCUCUCCACGUCCUUUAUGUAGAGGUGGGGUUGGAAAUACUGAUGAGUGGGCGUGGCUCUCCACGUCCUUUAUGUAGAGGUGGGGGUUGGAAAUCCUGAUGAGUGGGCGUGGCUCUCCACGUCCUUUAUGUAGAGGAGGGGGUUGGAAAUCCAGAUGAGUGGGCGUGGCUCUCCACGUCCUUUAUGUAGAGGAGGGGUUGGAAAUACUGAUGAGUGGGCGUGGCUCUCCACGUCCUUUAUGUAGAGGUGGGGGUUGGAAAUACUGAUGAGUGGGCGUGGCUCUCCACGUCCUUUAUGUAGAGGUGGGGGUUGGAAAUCCUGAUGAGUGGGCGUGGCUCUCCACGUCCUUUAUGUAGAGGAGGGGUUGGAAAUACUGAUGAGUGGGCGUGGCUCUCCACGUCCUUUAUGUAGAGGAGGGGUUGGAAAUCCUGAUGAGUGGGCGUGGCUCUCCACGUCCUUUAUGUAGAGGAGGGGGUUGGAAAUCCAGAUGAGUGGGCGUGGCUCUCCACUCCUUUCCUAUCGCUUCCUCACAGAAAAAAACACGGCUCCAAAAUCACUCCAUUCAUUUAUAUCACAAUUUAAAUCGCAGUUUAAUCUAUUUUUUGGACUACCUGGACCUACCAAUUGUUUUUAAGUAUUGAAACCAAACAAUAUGGAUGUGAAUGAAAGGUAUUUGAAUAAACAUGAAAUGAUGAACAUGA